AUGGAGACCACCAGCCUGCAGAACAGCAACGGAGUCCUGGAUCGCGGAGAGAAUUCCUCCCUGAGGCCGGCGGGGAAGCGUGCGCCCCAAGCCGAGGAGACGGAGAAGAACCGGAAGAGGGCAGCCUUCGAGGACAUCACAAACGCCAAGAAUGGCGGGGUCGAGGCCUCGUGUAAUGGACAGGUGGGGUUCGCCCAGUCCUACAAAAACCCGGUCUACAGCUCAGGCUCCCAGGACGCCCUGGCCCAGCGCAUGGGCUCCGUCGGCCUGGAGACCUCGUACGCGCUGCCAACCCAGGUGUACGGCGGCGGCCCCUGUGACAUCGACGUCCCCGAGCUCGGAGACCACCUGGCCUGCGCCGAGGUGGCCAACGACAUCUUUGCCAACCUGCGCAAGGCGGAGACGCGGCGCCGCCCAGCCACCAACUACAUGGAGGUCGUCCAGGCCGACAUCAACCCGCUGAUGCGCAGCAUCCUGGUGGACUGGCUGGUGGAGGUGGGGCAGGAGUACCGCAUGUGCUCCGACACGCUCUACCUGGCGGUGGCCUACGUGGACCGCUACCUGUCGGUGCGCGCGGUGCCGCGCAGCCAGCUGCAGCUGGUGGGCGUGGCGGCCAUGUGGGUGGCCUCCAAGUACGAGGAGAUCUACCCGCCCUCCGUGGACGACUACGCGUACAUCACCGACCACACCUACAGCCGCGGGCAGCUGGCGGGCGCGGAGCGCGACCUGCUGGCUGCCCUGCGCUUCGACCUCACCCAGCCCACGGCCAAGACCUUCCUGCGGCGCUACGUCAAGGCCGCGGCUGCCGAGCUGGACCUGGCCUACGCGUUUGAGCCGCUGGCCUCCUACCUGGCGGAGCUGAGCCUGCUGGACUACUCGGCGCUGGGCUACCUGCCCUCCAUGCUGGCCGCCUCCGCCGUGCUCCUGGCCCUGGUCACGCUGGAGCACCGGCCCUGGACUGCCACGCUGGCGCACUACACGGGGUACGCGCCCAAGGACCUGCGCCACUGCGUGCAGGCGCUGCACGAGCUGGCGCUGGCCGCGCCCGCCAGCCAACUCCCCGCCACGCGCGAGAAGUACUCCUCCACCAAGCAGAUGGGCGUGGCGCGCAUCGCGCUGCCCGCCACCCUCCCGGACUGGAUCUUCCAGUGA